AUGGUCUUUAUUCCGGGGCUGGGUUUAACUCCCCAGUGGCCCGGGGCUUUUGCCCAUUCUGCGCGGGAGAAGCAGGAGCAGCUGCAGCAGCUGCAGCACUUGCAGCAGCAGCAGCAGCCAGACGCCGAGCCCUGGGGCGUGCUGCACCCGGCAGCAGCUGCUGCGCUCGGCAGGGGCCUCAGGGGCUCCGCAGCAGCAGCAGCAGCAGCAGCAGACUACAGCAGCUUUGGCUCCUCGCGCUGGGACCGCGGCAGAAACCAGCGGCGGGGCGAAAGAGAAGCAGAGCUGCGCAGCCCCAGCGCGCUGCAGCAGCAGCAGCAGCAGCAGCUGUACGAGCAGCAGCUGGCUGCCGCAGGGGCGCUCGGCGCGUGGUCCCCGCACUUCCUAUAUGCAGCGUACCCGCAGCAGCAGCAGCAGCAGCAGCAGAGCCGGCGUGCUGCUGGCAGCUUGGGGGCCCAUGGGGAGCCCCGGGGGCCCCUGCGGCUGCGGGGGCAGCAAGAGAGCAGAGCAGCAGCAGCGGGUUGUCUGCUGCUGCUGCUGCUGCUCACCUCUUCCCGCCCCACUACCACCACUACCAGCAGCUGCAGCAGCUGCAGCAGCUGCAGCAGCAGCAGCAGCAGCACGCCAGCUACGCCACUGUGCCCUACCUGGAGCCCGUGGGGGCCCCCCUGGACUCCUGCGGGGGCCCCACAGACCCCUGCGAAGCUGCUUCGAAGCAGCAGCGGGGCCCCGAGUGCAGACUAG